UUUUGUGCACAAAAGAUAUGUUCUCAUUGUAAAAACGAGCAGCCUCUGAAGCAGCGCCUCAAGAAGAAGCUUGAGAGGUUUGAUGAGAAGCGAGAGGAAUGGGUGGUUGGUCGUAAGAAAAACCACAACACUGCAUCCAUCAAGGAUGAAGCCAAUAUCAUGCUUGAGAAACUCCAUGCCAUUGGCUACAAACCAGUUCUGCUACUAGGAAAGGAGAACAAAAAAAAGACAUUAACUGUGAAAUAUUAACACCUCGCUGCACACUCUCCAACUUUGCCCAGGACUACCUACAGAAAAUAGGUUCAUUUUAUGAAUACCUUUGUGAAGGAUGGACCCAGGAUUCCAGUGGCAAUGAGGAUCAGCUGAUUACUCUGCAGCUCACCCCCUGCGAGGCAGGCCCCACGGAGGGGCAGAUGGAGCAGGCGGGACCAACGGAGGGGCAGGUGGAGCAGGCGGGACCAACAGAGGGGCAGGUGGAGCAGGCGGAACCAACAGAGGGGCAGGUGGAGCAGGCGAGCCUCACAGAGGGGCAGGUGAGCCCCACGGAGGGGCAGGUGGAGCAGGCGAGCCCCACGGAGGAGCAGGGGGAACCCACGGAGGGGCAGGUGGAGCAGCCGGAACAACGAAGGGGCAUGUGGAGCAGGCGGAACCCACGGAUGGGCUUGUGGAGCAGGCGGAACCCACGGAGGCGCAGGUGGAGCAGGCGGAACCCACGGAGGGGCAGGUGGAGCAGGCGGAACCCAUGGAGGGGCAAGCUGUCUUCACAGGGUCAGCAAGGGGCACAGUCGCAAGUUGCAAAAAGAAAAAGUCAGGAGGACCAAGGCAUAUGCCUGAAAGGAAAAGGCCACAAAAGAGGCAAAGCAGAAAUGCUGGUUGACUGGGAGCCCUGUCCAGUAUGAUUAAACAAGCCUUUUAAACAAGUGUAAAGCACACAUCAUUACCGAACAUGUCUUUUUAUAAGUUUCCUUUUCCAUUUAUGAAGGACCACCACCAUUAGUGCAUGCAUGAAGGUGGUGUUCCUUCAUAGAUGGAAAAUGAAACUUAUACUUAUAAAAGACAUGUUCGGUAAUGUUGUAAGUUUAUUGGAA